AUGGGAAACAAAGGUGGUAAAAAAGGAGCACCAAAGGAACUCACACCUUCACAAAUUGCUAUGCUCAAAGCAAAUACAAAGUAUACUGAUAGAGAAAUUCGAGAGUGGCAUGCCGGUUUUCUUCGUGAUUGUCCAACGGGUAGACUUAACAAAAAGCAAUUUGUUGAGGUAUACAAAAAAUUCUAUCCACAAGGCAAAGCAGAUUCUUUCUGCAAUUUUGCAUUUUCCAUGUUUGAUGCCAAUCAUGAUGGAACAAAUGAUUUCGAUGAAUUUCUACUUGCUAUUGCUGCUACAAGUCAAGGCAGUUUAGAUGAUCGACUCGCAGUUGCUUUUGACAUGUGUGAUAUUUCGAAUGAUGGACAAAUCGAUCAAAAAGAAUUAGCUGGCAUGAUUUUGGCUAUGUACGAUCUUACGGGUGAAUCUGAUCGCAAAGGAGAUCGUGAUCCGAAGAAACGUGCCGCAGCAGUCAUUCAAAAGCUCGAUGUCGGUGGCGAUCGAAAACUGAAUAAACAUGAGUUCAUCGCUGGAUGUAAAAAUGAUCCACUCAUUCGUCGUCUGCUUGCUCCUCACGUUUAA